AUGGGGUUCCGCGAGGGCGGAGGAGCGCGGAAGUUCGUCCUCUUGCUGGCCUUGCUGCUGGACCUAGUGGCCGAGGCGCCCGCGAGCGCCGUUAACGAGACCAUUUCUGUAGAAGCAUCCAUAUCGGAGCCCAUCGUGAAGCUCAUGGAGCAAGGUGGAAAUAUGACACAACCCAAGGAAGUAGAAUUUGGGGAAUGCACAGUUACUUGUGGUAUUGGCAUUCGAGAAGUUAUAUUAACUAAUGGAUGCCCUGGAGGUGAAUCAAAGUGCAUUGUCCGUGUUGAAGAGUGCAGAGGACCGACAGAUUGUGGAUGGGGCAAACCAAUUUCUGAAAGCCUCGAGAGUGUGAAGAUACCUUGUAUUUUUGUACCUCCAGAAAAUCGAUUUCAGUAUGUUUGGAAAAUGUUGAUUCCAGAACAGCAAUCACUCAUUCUUCCUAAUGAUUCAGCUAUUCUGGAGGUACACAGGGAUACUCACCCAGUUGCAUUUGAGUGUGAUACAACAGAAGAUGAUGAAUUGAUUGCGUCUGUAAAAUACACAGUGUAUACAACAGCUGAACUGGAAACAAGACGGUUGAAGAAACCAAGCACAGAUAUAGUAUUGGUGUUUGUCCUCAUAACUGGAGUUAUUGUUUGCGUUGGCAUGAUCUUUGCAAUAAUCUUCAUCAUUCUUAAUUGGGCUGCUGUAAAACUCUUCUGGCAAACCAAAGUUUGGCGAAGCAGAGAAGAAUCCAGUUCAAUGAGAACCUCAUCAGGGCAGUUGCCCACAGCAGAUGCUUCUCAGUUUUCACAACUAGAAAGCACUGUCCAGGAACAGGUCUCCUACCAAGAAUGGAAUCCACCACCAGAAGGAGAAGACGACAAGGGAAAUUAUUAGGAAAGAGAUUAUUUUAAAAGAGAGGGACUAUAUUAAAGUAUGCUCAAAAUAUUAAGAGUACCAGUUCUGAGAAGUGCUUUUUGCUGCUCUGAUGAACCUUGCCUGGGAACAUUGAGAUUAUGGUGUGAAUUACUGCAUCCACCAGAUUUAAAGAUUGAUU